AUGCUUGUAUUUCCCAAUGGCAUACCCAAGCUGAUGACUUUCUCAUUUAUCGCCGUUUUUCGAGCCUCCCAUUACCGAACUCUUACUCAGGUAAGACUCUCUGACAAAGGGUUAAUCAUAACACCACCUGAUUCUUGGUUUGUCAAGAUAGUUUCUACCCUCUUUCUAUGCUCUAACUCUUUUGAUGACAAGUUUUUGGGUUAUUCCCGUAAGCACUUAACUCCUUCUCAUGUCUUAGAGGUUAUUAAAAGGUUUAAAAAUCCCAACUUAGCUUUCAAGUUCUUUCAGUUCACUAGGGAAAGGUUGAGUAUGUCUCAUUCAUUUUGGACUUAUAAUAUGCUUUUGAGGUCCCUUUGUCAAGCAAGUCUCCACAGCUCAGCAAAAUUGUUAUAUGAUUCUAUGAGGUGUGAUGGGCAAUUGCCUGAUUCUAGGCUUUUGGGAUUUUUGGUUUCUUCUUUUGCACUGGCUGACAGGUUUGAUGUUUCAAAGGAAUUAAUUGCUGAUGCUCAGUGCAAUGGGGUUCAAGUAAACGUGAUUGUUUAUAAUAACUUUUUGAACAUAUUGAUUAAACACAGUAAGUUAGAUGAUGCCAUUUGUUUAUUUAGGGAGCUUACAAGAACCCCUUCUUGUCUAGAAACCUUCACCUUCAACAUUUUAAUCCGGGGUUUAUGCACAGCAGGGAAAGUUGAUGAAGCUUUUGAGCUUCUCAGUGAUAUGAGAAGUUUUGGUUGUUCCCCCGACAUAGUUACAUAUAACACUCUAUUACAUGGCUUAUGUAGAAUAGAUCAGGUUGAUAGAGCACAGGGUUUGCUGAAAGAAGUUUGUUUGAAAUGUGAGUUUGCCCCUACUGUUGUUAGCUAUACAACAGUGAUAUCAGGAUACUGCAGAUUGAGUAAGAUGAAAGAGGCCUCCUUUCUUUUUGAUGAAAUGGUUAGAAUGGGUAUCAAACCUAAUGUGUUUACCUUUAGUGCCCUCGUUGACGGUUUUGUCAAGGCAGGUGACAUGGCUUCUGCACUAGGAAUGCACAAGAAGAUGCUUUUUCAUGGUUGUCCUCCCAAUGUUGUUACUUUAACUUCCUUAAUUGAUGGCUAUUGCCGAGUUGGAUGGGUGAACCAUGGCUUGGACCUAUUGCACAAAAUGGAUGCACAACAUGUUCCUGCAAAUUUAUAUACCUUCUCUGUUCUUAUCAGUGCUUUGUGCAAGAGCAAUAGACUGAAAGAAGCACGCAAUCUUUUAAGACUAUUGAAGCAGAGUGACAUUGUUCCACAGUCUUUUGUUUACAAUCCUGUCAUUGAUGGAUAUUGCAAAUCUGGGAACAUGGACGAGGCUAAUGCAAUUGUAACAGAAAUGGAAGAGAAGUGCAAGCCUGAUAAGUUGACAUUUACUAUUCUUAUUAUUGGGCAUUGUAUGAAAGGAAGAACACCUGAAGCAAUUGGUAUCUUCUACAAGAUGUUGGAAGCUGGUUCUACUCCAGACGAUGUCACAAUUAGAACAUUAAGUUCCUGUCUUUUGAAGGCUGGGAUGCCUGGUGAGGCUGCCCGCAUUAAAGAAACUAUAUCUGAGAAGCAGAACACUUUACUAAAUUCAGAUAAGUCAAUUCCUGUCCAUUAA